AUGGCUGCUGAAGGCUCCGCACCUGCGUCGCCCAUCCCGAUCCCGGAGCUGACCAAGAUCACCUCUGAUGCUUGCGAUGCGGCGUUGAAGAACACCACCGAAUAUGACCACGCAAAUGUCGGAGAAUGGAACUCGCAGAUCAUUAAUGUUGUCCUCAAGGCUCUGAUCGCCGCUACUGCCCCCUCCGAUUCCUCCAAGCCGACUCCCUACCGCUUCACCGUGAACAGCACCAUCGUGCAACAGGGUGUGAUUGACAAGUCCGCCGCCGCCGACGGCACACAGAACAACGCCGGAAAGCGCGGUAUGCACUCUGCAUCUGGAGCGUUCUGGGAUGUCAACCGUGACGGUAUGUGGACUUUCAAGUACCCCGGUGCCGAGGAGCGGGGACUUGAUGUCGUGGUUAGCGUGACUUGGUUUGCGGUUGUUUGA